UGCGGUCUUGCACGUGACGUGGCUGGCUGGGAGAGGAGACAGAAAAGGUGGGAGGGCGGCUCUACUACAGGUGUCCCACGCACGUCCACUUCUACACGACACUGAUGAAAACUGAGGCAAAUUUACCACUAUGACGACCAACAAAUCAUUAUUUUCCCUCAGUUUGCUCUUCCUGAAGCUGUUGAGCCACGCCAGAGCGGACGAACACAGUCACACGUAUGUGGACAAGGAAGAGGUUGUACUGUGGAUGAACACUGUUGGACCAUACCAUAACAGACAGGAAACAUAUGAGUACUUCUCCCUUCCCUUCUGUGCUGGGCCUAAAGAGGCCAUUGGUCACUACCACGAGACAUUAGGAGAGGCCUUACAGGGAGUGGAGCUUCAGUUCAGUGGACUGGAUAUUGACUAUAAAGUGAAUGUGCCACAGACAAAGUACUGUGAGGUAGACCUGACCAAGCAGAAGUAUGAUGCCUUUGUGUAUGCAGUCAAGAACCAUUACUGGUACCAGAUGUACAUUGAUGACCUUCCUAUUUGGGGUAUUGCGGGAGAGAUUGAUGAAAAUGGAGAUGGCUACUACCUCUGGACACACAAAAAGCUGGACAUUGGCUACAAUGUGGACCAGAUUGUGGACGUGAACCUGACCAGUGAGGCUAAGGUCAAACUCAUCCCCAACACCAAGAUCCCCUUCACAUACUCUGUGAAUUGGAAGAAAUCCAACAUUCCCUACAAGGACAGGUUUGAUAAGUACCUGGAUCCCAACUUUUUCCAACACAGGAUCCACUGGUUCUCCAUCUUUAACUCGUUCAUGAUGGUGAUUUUCCUGGUGGGGCUGGUCUCCAUGAUCCUGAUGCGCACGCUCAGGAAGGACUACGCACGCUACAGCAAGGACGAUGAACUUGAUGAUAUGGAGAGGGACCUGGGAGAUGAGUAUGGCUGGAAACAAGUCCACGGGGACGUCUUCAGGCCAGCCUACAACUGCAUGCUGUUCUCUGCCCUGAUAGGCACAGGCUACCACAUCUCUGUGGUCGCUUUUAGUGUCAUCUUCAUCGCCAUAUUUGGAGAGCUGUACACAGAACGAGGGUCCCUCCUGAGCACAGCUAUCUUUGUGUACGCUGCCACAGCACCAGUCAAUGGGUACAGUGGUGGGGGCCUGUAUGCCAGGAUGGGAGGGCGUGUGUGGAUCAAACAGAUGGUCCUGAGUGCUUUCCUGCUGCCCUGUCUGGUGUGUGGCACUGCCUUCUUCAUCAACUUCAUCGCCAUCUACUACCACGCCUCGCGUGCAAUCCCGUUUGGCACCAUGGUUGCUGUAACGUGUAUCUGCCUGUUUGUGAUCCUGCCCCUGACCCUGGUGGGGACAGUCCUGGGGCGGAACCUGUCCGGACAGCCCAACUACCCCUGCAGGGUCAACGCUGUCCCCCGACCCAUCCCAGAGAAGAAAUGCUGGUUCACCAGUUUCCUGGCUGCAUCCUCCACUGCUGCAUAUGUGUACAUGUACUCCUUCUACUACUUCUUCUUCAAAACCAAGAUGUAUGGGCUCUUCCAGACUGCAUUCUACUUUGGUUACAUGGCCCUGUUCAGUAUAGCUCUGGGAUUUAUGUGUGGUACGCUAGGAUAUGCAGGUACAAGUGCAUUUGUUCGAAAGAUCUAUACCAAUGUAAAGAUAGACUAAGAGUAAGGCUGCAAUCAACAACCUCUGAAAGAGGACAUGCAGAACAAGUCCACACCAUCAAGAUACUAUCCUAGUAAAGUGUUGAGCUUUAUUCCAACACAAGGAUUACACUGAGAUCAAAUUUUGCAACAGCCACUGUUGCCUUCAUCAGGAUAAUUAAUGACCAAUCACUUCAAAACGUAAUCUCACAUGAAUAAGGUCACGUGUCUGUAACCGUAACUCUCGCGAUAUUACGUUUAUUCUGAUGAAGGCGACAGUGGUCACUGAAAAUUUGAUCUCUGUGUAAUUCUUGUGUUGGAAUUUAGUUCAACAUUUUACUAUGAUUACUUACCAACACAGAUGAACUUUCAUAAUAAGAUACUAUCCUGUCUUUAAGAUAUUAUUUUAGACCAUAUUUUGUGAGUGUACAGAGAUGUUAUCCUUUUGAUGACCCAACGUUAAUGUUUUGAAAGUAGUGGUGACUUACGAUUCCAGUUGUUUCAUUUGCUGCUUGUGUCAUGUAUAUGGCCUCAUAUAUUCAACCAUGUUCACUAUUAAUAAACAGACACACAAUAAAUACUAUUAUCUUUGUGGUAAGGGUUGUUUAACAUAAUGUAAAUGAUAUUUCUUUACAUUCAAUAGUGUUUAAAAGUUUGGUAGGAACUUGAUUUUCAUCAGAGUUAAAGAUUAUAGAUUUUUUGACCAUUUGCUUUAUGUAUACCUGAAUGUAGGCUUUAAAGUUGUGGCAAUGUUGGAAAGAUUUAACAGAUAGUGGUUCAGACUACAAGAAAACUUGUUGAGCAGAUAGACAGAGGGAAAAGUUUGUAAAGUGGGAAUCUUGGUGUUAUAAGAAAGGACGAGAAAGUGCACACAGAGCACAAGGAACAGAUAGAAUUUAAGAGCAAUUUUAUAUAAGGUGCAUUGGGUGGGAAUAUCCUGAAGGAAGCUGCAACAACACCUUUGCUGCAGUUGAAAAGAUGCUCAGUACUUACCUGUAGCAGUGGUAGUUCUUGUACAUAACGCCUUCUAGCAGUAUUGGUCUGAACUUCAGUAAAAGAUCAGUGUAGCAUGUGGAAACAUAGUUUCAAACAACACUGAUCCAAGUGAUUCACUUUUGUUGCACUUUUAUAGCACCAGUACAAUGCAUCACUGUCCAAUAAAACAGAAAAUGAGAACCAUACAUGUAUGAUAUAUAUGUGGAUUUUGUAGGACAGUUGUACCAUCGUGUAUCUAACAUCCAUUGCCCAGAAGUGUACAAAUAGAAUAAAGUUUAUCAUGGAAUGUUUGGCACAUGACUCAAAGCAUUGGUUUCUAGAAAUCCUGUAGCUUCAGGUGACAUUUCUAAUUCUGUUUUUUCCCAUAUACUCUUGCCCAUGCAGCAAGAAACCCCUUUUUCAGAGAAAGGCUCAAAUGAUUUUCAUAUUACUUUAACAAAAAGUAUCCCAAAUCUAUUACUAUCCCACCAUACAAAGUGUAUUAUACUUAUAGCAUUUUGUUCAUGUUUUGAGGAAUCUAUGCUUUGAUACAUGUGUCAUGGAUGAAUGUUUGUAAAUAUUUGAAUCUUUUUGUGUCAGACUUUAGAUGUGGGCUAACGGCUAAGCAAUUGACACGGAAGAAGAAAUGUUUCUGAAAAGUCAGUGUCAUUUUUCCAACAGUCAAAAGGUUUUUCCUGUUGGUGAUCGGAGGUGUAUAGUUGGUCAGUACAUAUAGUACAGUUGUAGAAAUGUUAUUUGCGUACAUAUGUUAGAGUUAAGCAAUUUUUGCAGUCCUGUUUAGGUAAGAACAGUACAAAAAAUCCUUGUAUGAUGCCUUGAUUUUGCUGAAACUGAUAGUUUAAUUGCUCCGUCAUUGCAUAUAUUUGUGGGACCACACAUUAAAUCUGCAUAAUUGUUUAGCAUCGCUUUGUACAUCAACCUAAGUAUUGAAGACUGAAAUUUUUAAGGGUAUCUUGCAUGCUAUCGUAUUGUGAAGUCAAGAAACAGUUCAUGAGCUUGUAUAUAAACUCUGUAUACAACUUUGUAAACAUUGUCAAGAAUAAUUUGUUCUCAAUAUAUACUUAAGACACAAGGGAUUGUAAUACAAGAAACAACUGUCCAUAGUAACAUCAAUAGUUAUAAUAAGUCAAAACGACAAUAUUCUUGGGUGUUUUUGGAAGGCAUUAUAUAUGAAUAUAUCUAAAUAUAUAUAUAUAUGAUGCGCACAGGUGAUAGUACGGUACCAUAGUUGGCUUUUACCCCAUUUCUGAAGACAGGAUGUACUGAAAGCUUCCUAUGGAUGCAUUGAGCACAGGGCAGCAGGUAAGGCUAAGUGUAGAAGUAAUAAAAUUUGUAGAAAAC